AUGUCCGCUAAGCUCCUGCCGGUUUUCUUCCUCCUCUCGGUGUUUCACGCCUGUUCUAGAAAGGUUGAAGAGGAUGAAUAUGAAGAUGGAACAACUAACCAAAAAUGGGUUUUAGCUCCAAAAACACAAGACACAGAUGUGACUCUCAUACUAAACAAGCUGUUGAGAGAGUAUGACAAAAAGCUACGGCCAGAUAUUGGAAUAAAACCAACAGUUAUUGAUGUUGACAUUUAUGUCAACAGCAUUGGUCCUGUAUCAUCAAUAAAUAUGGAAUAUCAAAUUGAUAUAUUUUUUGCCCAGACGUGGACAGAUAGCCGUCUUCGCUUCAACAGCACCAUGAAGAUACUGACUCUGAACAGCAACAUGGUUGGCUUGAUCUGGAUCCCGGACACGAUAUUUCGUAACUCGAAGACGGCAGAGGCUCACUGGAUCACCACCCCCAACCAGCUCCUCCGCAUAUGGAACGAUGGCAAGAUCUUGUACACCCUCAGGCUUACCAUCAAUGCUGAGUGCCAGCUGCAGCUGCACAAUUUCCCAAUGGACGAACACUCAUGUCCACUGAUAUUCUCUAGCUAUGGCUACCCUAAAGAGGAAAUGAUUUACAGAUGGAGGAAAAACUCAGUGGAGGCUGCUGACCAGAAGUCUUGGAGACUCUAUCAGUUUGACUUUAUGGGUCUCAGAAAUACUUCAGAAAUUGUGAAAACCUCUGCAGGUGAUUAUGUAGUCAUGACUAUAUACUUCGACUUAAGUAGAAGAAUGGGAUACUUUACUAUUCAAACAUACAUUCCCUGUAUAUUAACAGUUGUUCUUUCCUGGGUAUCCUUUUGGAUUAAAAAAGAUGCCACACCAGCAAGAACAGCAUUAGGCAUCACCACAGUAUUGACCAUGACAACUUUGAGUACCAUUGCGAGAAAGUCAUUACCCCGCGUCUCCUAUGUCACCGCUAUGGAUCUGUUUGUGACUGUAUGCUUUUUAUUUGUCUUUGCUGCUCUGAUGGAGUAUGCAACCCUCAACUACUACUCAAGUUGCAGGAAACCAAACUGUACUAAGAAGAAAAAGUCGAAUUAUUCUGUACUUGAUAUGAGACCACCAACUACAGUCAUCACAUUGAACAAUGCCAUGUACUGGCAAGAAUUUGAAGAUGCGUGCGUCUAUGAAUGUCUGGAUGGGAAAGACUGCCAGAGCUUUUUCUGUUGUUACGAAGAGUGUAAAUCAGGCUCAUGGAGGAGAGGACGGAUUCACAUAGACAUCUUAGAACUGGACUCUUACUCUAGGGUUUUUUUUCCUACAUCCUUCCUGCUGUUCAACCUGGUCUAUUGGGUUGGAUACCUCUAUCUUUAA